AUGGAUAGAAAGUCUGCUAGAAUAAAAGCAGAGUUGCAAAGAUAUGGUUGGAGAGUUUCGAAGAAGUUUAAAUAUAGGAAGGGAAGACCCAUAAAAGUCUAUGACAAACUGGCUGGUCUUCGCUACGAAAUGGAUUUGGAAACAGCACGUGCCAAUUAUCCAAACAGACUAGAGAGGUUAGAAGAAGAACGUCUUAUGGACAUGCCUUUCGAUGUUAGUGAACCUCAAGUUGAGGGACACGACGGCUUUGCCAGAUUCUACUGGAAACAUGACGAACAAUUGCAUCCUUUGAGAAGGAAAAAAGGAAAAGGUGAAGACACACAUGCUCCCAUGGAAAGAACAAGAUAUGCAUAUGAGAAGUAUCGUGAAGUUAGAAGUCAAAUUACUUCUGGUCGAACCUUUACAGUAAACUUUGACGAAGGAAAGAACAAAGAAGGCUUCAUGGGUGUACUUGCUGCCAUACAAGAUGGAAAUAAGAAAGGAUACAAUCUCAGAUUGACCAUAACAGAUUUGGAGGGUCACAUUUACUAUGCACAUGGCAAUGUCACAACAGCUGCAAUGCUUCUUGACGCUUUCAAGACUACAAAGAGAGAACAAAUGGUUGACUCCGACUCAGACAUUUUGAAUGCAAUUGAAGGAAUUGCAAGUGUCAAGUUCGAAUGGUACCAACCUAACCCUCAAGCAGUCAGACAACAUGCUGGAUACUUCCCGUUCAUAAAUAAGUCUGACAUUGACUUGACAAGGUAUGGAAUUUACAAUUCAAUUGAAACAAUUGUCAAUGAACCUUGUAUUCUUACAUGUCUCAGGAACUCUGGUCUUGUUACAGAUGAGAAAAUGAAGUAUCUUGAGUCAUGUGUGAAGACAAGGUACAUUCUCAGAGGUCAAUUGGCAAAAAUUGCACCGUUGGCAAAUGUCAAUAUCCGAGUCAACAUACCUACAGCUAAAGGUUCUUCACAUGACGACU